UCAUCUCUAAUGAAACUACAAUAUCUACCGAAAUGUCAACAAGUAAAUCCACCGAAAAUAAACUAGAUAUUUCAUCAGUAACAACAUCAACUCCAAGAUUUAUGUCAGUCGUUACCAGUCCAGAAUAUAAUUUCAUUAGUGAUGGUAUAUCUUUUGAACCUUUUGAAAAUGCUCUACCUCCAUUAUUUGAUA